GAGUUAUUUUUAGAAUUUCAAAAUUCAAACAAACCUAUUUUUUAUCAUAAUUCUUUUUACAUAUCUUUUAAAUAUUUUGAAUUAUCCAUAAUCGUAACUUAUACUACCUUUAAUGUAGUUUCUUAAUAUAUAAUUUUUUUUUUCCCUUUAAUGUAGUUUCUUAAUAUAUAAAUUUUAUUUUAAAAAAAUUGUGUCUGAAUUGGUAGAAAGGGAAUAUAAAAUUUUAUUAGAAAAAGAAUAUGAAUGCACUUUGAUAGCCUUAUACCUCACUUGUGGAUAACAACAUAUUUCAUCACUACCCAAUCCAAAGUUUUACACUUUGCUCCUUCACUCCAACAAUGGCAACUUCUUCUUCCUUAUCCUUCUUCUCUUCCACCAUUUUCUUCUCUAAGACUAACUCUAGCACCACCUUCCACUCUUCGAAGCACCUCCUUUGUAAACCCAAACAACAACAACAACUCUCCAUCCGUUCCGACGCCGCUACAAUUCCAAUUCUGUCCUUCGAGGGUACCGAAGUGGGGUCCACAACUCUCAACCUAAAAUCCGCUCCUCUCGACACUGCACGCGCCGUCGUCCACCGUGGACUCAUCACCGACCUCCGUAACCAACGGCGCGGCACUGCUUCAACUCUCACCCGAGCUGAAGUUCGGGGAGGCGGUGUUAAACCCUACCCGCAAAAGAAAACGGGUCGGGCUCGACGUGGGUCGAACCGAACUCCGUUAAGGCCCGGUGGUGGAGUUGUGUUCGGGCCUAAACCGAAGGAUUGGUCGGUGAAAAUUAAUAAGAAGGAAAAGAGACUAGCGAUAUCCACAGCGAUUUCGAGUGCGGUUGAGAAUGCGAUUGUUGUUGAAGAGUUUGAUGAUAAAUUUGAUAAACCGAAGACGAAGGAGUUUAUUGAGCUGAUGAGGAGGUGGGGAUUGGACCCGAAAGAGAAGAGUUUGUUUCUGAUGACGGAGGUUUCGGAUAAUGUGGUUCUUUCAAGUAGGAAUAUUGGGACAUUGAAGAUGUUGACACCGAGGACGUUGAAUUUGUUUGACAUAUUGGAUUCUGAGAAGCUGGUUUUCACUAAAUCCGCGGUGGAGUUCUUGAAUGAACGAUAUGGAAAUGAUGAUAAUGAUUGGGAGGAGGCAGAAGAUGAGCAAGAUGGUGGCGAGGCGGAAGAGAGUGGUGAAAGUUCUGAGUAGUAUAUCAACAUGGGGGCAGAAGGGUAUAUUCCAUUAUAGAGGAGGGUAUUGGCAAUGGCUUUACCUUACCAGGGAGCUUGAACAUUUAACUUUGAAUUGUAUUUUUUUGUAUGAUAAAACUAGGGGAUUUUGGUCAAUUUCUUGUGGCUGUUUGCAUUUGUCCAUUACCUUCCUUAGCUUAGUUAAAUCCUAUUUUUCGUUGCUCUCUCA